GCUGCCGAGGCUUAUAUGGCGAGGUGGUUCAACAUGUCAAAUCUGUCGGAGCGCAUCAAUUAUGUAGACAGCAGCAGUGAUACAGAGACUGAUUAUAAGGAGACUGAUGGAAGGGGAAGGCAUCGCUUGUACAAGAACAGAUUGAGUUGUGGUUCGUCGAAGCCGAAAUCUUGUCUGGUACAGAGGGACAGCAGUGGCGAUCGGCAUUGUCAUUCUUUCAAUUCCGGCCGAAAUUCGCAGGGCACGAGGCUCAUUAACAGAAUUCGUUCAAACGUCAAUAUGGCCAAACAAAGUCAAAAUCAAAAUCAAAACAGUGGCAGAGAUAUCACAAUGUCCGGAGGAUCGUCAACAGCAUCUGCUACCGGGAUUAGCAAUCAGCCAGCUAGCGAUGAAAGAAUCACUCUCAUCGUCGAUAAUACCAGAUUUAUCGUUGAUCCAGCUUUGUUCACAGCGCACCCUAAUACAAUGUUGGGUCGUAUGUUCAGUUCAGGCGUGGAAUAUGCUCAACCUAAUGAACGCGGCGAGUAUGAGGUCGCCGAUGGUAUUUCUGCCAUGGUUUUCCGUGCUAUCUUAGAAUAUUAUAAGGGCGGAGUAAUUCGAUGUCCCCCGACCGUAAGCGUUCAAGAAUUACGAGAAGCUUGCGACUACCUGCUGGUACCUUUUGAUGCUAGCACGGUAAAAUGCCAAAAUCUUAGAGGAUUGCUACACGAAUUGUCGAAUGAAGGUGCACGCUGCCAGUUCGAAGUAUUCUUAGAGGAUUUGAUCUUGCCAUUGAUGGUGAACAGUGCGCGACGCGGUGAUCGCGAGUGUCAUAUUGUCGUCUUGCUCGAAGACGAUAUCGUCGAUUGGGAUGAGGAGUAUCCGCCCCAAAUGGGAGAAGAAUACUCCCAAACUGUCAAUAGCACGGCGAUGUAUCGCUUUUUCAAGUACAUCGAAAACCGAGACGUGGCCAAGCAAGUAAUGAAGGAGCGUGGCCUUAAAAAAAUUCGUUUAGGCAUCGAGGGCUAUCCGACUUACAAAGAGAAAGUAAAGAAACGCGCCGGUGGUCGCGCUGAGGUCAUCUACAAUUAUGUUCAGCGUCCCUUCAUCCAUAUGUCUUGGGAAAAAGAAGAGGCCAAGAGUCGUCACGUUGACUUCCAAUGCGUUAAAUCCAAGUCAGUGACGAACCUGGCUGAAGCCACAGCCGACCCUGUUCUGGAUGCUGCUGGAAAUCCUAUGCUUCUCCAGGUUGCUGAAGGAGCAGUCUCCCAGCCAGAAGUAGUUGGACUUCCUAUGGGUUCGGACGCUGAUGUGGAUGGACCGAUGGGACCUGGCGAUCAAGACUUGGGUCCGAUACCAUCAGACGAGCUACCUAAUUUUACGAUAAAAAAGUCUGCCAUUGAAAAAUCCUACUCUGAGGCGUUACUCAAAAUAUCGUCUGCGUACUUAAAUAAGAAGAUACCGAAUAUACCAGAUCUCAAAUUCGAUGGAGCAGAAGAGAAAUGGAACAUGUGGAACGUGUGGCGUACCGUGCUGGAGGAGAACGAGAAGCUGGCGCGCGCACGCCUCGCCGCUGUCGAGAUCUUCCAGCAGCAAAUCGCCGAUGACGCCAAGAUCCUCAGAAUGCACAAAUUACAAAUCUCUAAGAAGGCAAUCGACCAAUUAUUGAUAGUACAAAAAGAGCUCCAAACUUGCGUACAGGAUGUCGACAAGACGAAGAAAUUGUACUUUGAUGAAGAACAUAGCGCACACGAUGUGCGUGAUAAAGCAAAAGACAUCGAAGAAAAACUGAAGAAAAAGAAGGGUUCCUUCUUCCAAUCAAUAACGUCUUUGCAGAAAAAUAGCGCCAAGGUGAGCUCGAAGCGAGACGCUUUGGAGGAGAAAUCAACUGGUGCUCGCAAUGAUUACCUAUUGAGCCUCGCCGCCGCCAAUGCCCAUCAGAACCGAUAUUUUGUAGUCGAUUUACAGAGCACCAUGCAGUAUUUGGAGCAAGGAGUUUACGACAAAGUAGCGGAGUACUUAACACUGAUGGGACGCACGGAGCUGCUCACUUGUCUAGCCACACAGAACAGCUUCGGCAAGAUUCGCGAUCAAGCUCAGCAGCUUACUAGGGAGUACAAUAUCCAAUGUUGCUGUUUAUACUAUCCUGUUUUGAAGCAACAUAUUCAAUACGAGUUUGAGCGUUGCGAUAACGAUCCAGUAGAUAGGGUAACUGCCGAUCAUUCAGCGGCGACGACAUUGGGCAAAGAAGCGCGUCGCUGGUCGACAAAAAUUGCCCGCGAGGUCAGCAACAUUCGUGAAAAUAACCGGAAACUUCAAAUGUUAUACCAACUCAAAGAGUCUGGUCAGAAGACUGAUCCGAACGAUCCUAAUGGUCCAGAUUUAGAUACUAAGAUCGAUGAAUUGAAGCACGCCGUUCGACGAGCAGAGACAGCAAAACUCAAGGCGGAAGCAAGGCUAGAAUGUCUUCGACUCGGUGGAGUGAACGUAGACGAAUUCUUACAAGAGGCUGAAACACUAAGCGUUCAGGACAUGCCGCGUUCGGCUAGUUCUCUCUCUGUUAGGACAGAUGCAUCUGGUGCAGCGGAACAUCCAUCAUCGGACUCAUUCUACGACAGCGACGGCGAUGGCGGAAGCGACCUAACGACAUUGGAGCGACCCGGAAAGAAUGCGCCUCAACAGGAAGAGGAAAUUGAAGAAAGACAGAGGCAUGACAGUGCCGAAGUCGAUGCAUUGCUGGAGCAGGAGAAGCAACGGAUAGAGCAGUUAACGGCAGGCUGGGAAGAUCCUAUGUCGGUUGAUUGGGAGAACGAAGAGAAAGAUGAACAGGACAUGACGCACGAGACACCAGAGAUGCCUUCUAACCAACCCAUAUACAAAUGCACUGCUCUAUACUCCUAUACAGCGCAAAAUAUCGAUGAGCUUUCCAUCGUGGAAAGCGAGCAGCUAGAUGUGGUGGGUGAAGGCGAUGGCGACGGAUGGUUAAGAGCAAGAAAUUACCGAGGAGAGGAAGGUUUCGUUCCUCAAAACUAUCUCGAUGUAGAAAGAGAACCUGAGACCACCACCGGUCUAACUUCGCAGGGUCCAGGUCUGGUCCAGCAGAUCUCCUUCUCAUCCGUUGAUUACACGAUUGACGAUCAUGACGCCGUCGACCCCGAUGCCAAUUUGCAAAGUGCCGCUUCGGAAGCCAUAAUACAAAACCACGUUGGAGAAAUGGAGCAAUAUUGCAUCGCACUUUACGAUUACGACGCGACAUGCGAGGAGGAGCUGAGCUUUUUGGAAGGUGACAUCGUUAAGGUGUUGAAAAAAGAACCACACGAUGUAGACGACGGCUGGUGGGAAGGUGAGCUGAGAGGUCAGCAGGGUCUUUUCCCCUCUCUCGUCGUGGAACCUUGUGGUGCGGACGGAUGUCCUUUGACCCCACAGGAAAAUGUAACACCACCGAGUUCCGCGCCGCCAGUCUUUACUCCACCAGAAGCACCGGAAGAAUUUUUGCUAGCCGAUGAGCUUGCUCAAAUGGAAGAAUCGCAAGAAGAGAAGUCAAUGGUGAACGGGGAUAGUGGAACGGGGAUAUUUAAGAUAAAUUUGUCGCAAGACCAAAAGGAACACUACGGUUUACAGUUCGAGGAAGAUGAAACGCCAGGUAUAGUCGUGGAGAUAUCAGAUGAAUCAGGUGAUAAGAUGGAAAAGCCCGAGGAUCCUAAAUCCGGUAAAGACUUCAAAUCCACUAGCCAAAAAGACGAUUACGGUCUUGGAGUGGCUCAGAUAGUGAUCACAGCCGCAACUCCGAUGGAAGAGAUCGAACAUCCCUUCCCCGGUGCGGAGGAGACUCCGGAAGACUCGGUAAAGUCUGCAGAAGCCUCCGAAGUUGAUCCUGAAGCUUCAAGUGCGGCCUCUGAUCCAAAUGAAAGCGAAUGUAAAGAGGAAGAAGAACCGACCGUCAUCUUGGACGAGAAGGAGGGAGAAGAAGCUGAAGAAAAGUCUACAAUUGACGAACUUCCAACCGACUCGGCACCAUUUCCAAUCAGCAGCAGUUCUGGAAGCGAAGCGGAAUCAACUUCCGGCCCCAGCACCAACGAAAAUUCUCAAUCGAGGGGAACGGUAGUAGAAGUGACGGAAGAAGUUUCAGAGGUCAUGGAAGAGGACGAAAUCGCGCCAGGGAAAAUGCUGGUAGGAGGAAGAGCCAGCAUCCCAGAUGAGCUACAGCCGGAUCAAUUGGAAAAAUUGCAAACGCUCAAGGAAUCGAACGCCUAGGACUGACUGAGCCCCGGGGCCAACAAGGGCAGAAUUACCUUGCCUGAUGGCCAUCCCGCCAACUUCCGACAUCUGCUAGACUUCUGGCGAUCACCUGAGGUGCUAGGCAAAAAAGACUAACUGUAAUAAACUCACGCUAAGACUCUAUCUGAAAUUCAUAAGGUUCUUAUGGUGAUCGAGUAGUGGUGAGAAUAAAGACGUUUGGAAUUGUGACUGACCUAUCUUUAAAGUAAUGGAUGUUAAUAGAUCAAGUAAUGCGCUGAAGACUGUCUAAAUUAUGGCUAUAUAAGCAUAAGAAUUAUUUUCGCGUACCGAAAGUACGGAAAAAUGUCCAGAAUAAGAUUUAACUUCGAACUACUUUGAAAAUAAUGUAUGUUAUAUAUCUUUAUUAACGAAUCAGGAUCAUAAGAAAAGAUUCAUUUAUGAAGCUACUUAUAUACUGAUUACCGUACUGAUUUAUUAACAUCCUGAAGAAGAGAGAUGAUCUAGUAAAUUAAUUGAACAAAAUAUUCUGUUGAAUAAGAAAUAAUUUGAAGUACAUGAGAUGUUUAAAAUCAGAACAGUCACAAAGGGUAGAAAAAUUAAUAGACAAGAUCACCAAGACUUUAUGUAAGACUUUAUAUAAGGUCACCGAGAUUUCUUUGUGUUGACCGAUUAAUAAAAGAUUAGAAGAAUUAAUUUGUCUUAUCUUAGGACAAAUUGAGCUUUAAUGAGUUGAUUAAACUCUUGAGUUAAUAAAGCUGACGAAGGGGACGGAGGGGGAGAUUUUCUUUCGUAGGAGACGAUGUACAGUGAAUGGGAUAAUAGAAAGAAUUGUCGAUACCUGUGUACUAUAAAGGGCGUACAUUUCAAAGGAAUUACACUGGUGUUGCAUGUAAAAA